AUGGCGAACAAAGUGAAUGCAUAUUGGAAAAAUGUCCUCACUAUUGUGCCGAUCAUUGGGGCUGCGGUGGCGACCAUCAUCUACCUGUUACGCCUCUACUGCAGGCGGAUGAAGGCCCUAGGGCUUCUGCUGGAAGAUUAUCUAAUGGGUGCCGGUUUGAUUAUUUCUUACUGUGCUACAGCUUUUGUAAUAGACACCGCCUUCAACGGCGUCGGUCUGCCGGUCGCAUCACUCCCCAAACAUGAACGGCUGCGCAUUCAAUUUGGAUCUUGGAUGAUACAGAAGUUCUGGGCCCCGUCCAUGGCCUUCGUUAAGAUCUCGAUCGUCGUCUUUAUUAAACGUCUCUUCGGCUCCAUCCGUGCAUACACCAUUAUUUCCUACUGCCUGAUCGCAUUCAUCGCUUUAUGGGCCGUCACUGCGCUGUUGGUCAAUACCUUCCAAUGCAUACCGGUGCAAUACUACUACGAUAAAGACUUGGACGGACACUGCAUGAAGGGACAAGUUCAAUUCUUCCAGACCAUGGGAUCGAUUGCAUUGAUUGAAGACAUUAUCAUUCUCUGUCUUCCUCUUCCUGUGUUCUGGAACUUGAAGAUCAACAUUCGGCAAAAGAUCGCGUUAAUGAUCGUGUUUUCUCUCGGUGGACUCGUCUGUAUAUUCAGUCUAAUGCGCUUGAUUGAAUUCCGCAAUUUCCAAGUCACCGACCUUGCCUCAUCUAGCGCCAAAGAAUCCAUCUGGACUUGCCUCGAACUCGAUGUGGCUAUCAUUUGCGGCUCUCUUCCACUCCUCAAUCCACUCGUGCAAGGCCUUCGCAGUACUGCCAGGAGUGGCGCCUCGAAAUAUAACUCGCAGCCCUACGCCGGAUCCAGCCACCACCUACAGUCGAUGCGGGGAAAGAAAACCGGUUUUCGAGAGCUUGAUAGUGAUCAUGCGGCGUCAACGAUAUCAAAGGGGGCUAACGCCAUGGCUUCGACAAGUCGGGUGAGCACCGAUAUGGAGAGUAAUAGGCAGGACGUGGAUGGGACGUCCGAUAUGGGGAGUAUAGAUCCGGUGAUUCAUCGCAAGGAUCCAAUAUAG